AUGAAUUUCACCGGUAUCUUUCUGUACACGCUCACUUGCUGGCUUUCCAAGAUAACUACUGCAAAUCAAUGUAAGGCAGCAUCUUACUCCGUACAAGAUCACAUGCUUAUAAACCACGCCGUCAAAGCCGGGCCUGCAGAGCUGAUUGAACACUGUAUCUCUCGGUGCAUAGAACAUCCCGGUUGCCAUAGCAGCAACUUUUACCGGAAGAGCAGAUGGUGUGAGCUGAAUGAUAAAACGCACGCUUCCCACCCUGAAGAUAUGAGACAAGUUCCAUUUACAAACUACAUGGAGAAUACUCUAAGACCUCUCACCUGUAAAAAAGACUCAGAAUGUGGCAAAAAUUUGAUUUGUUUUCUAUCGAAGUGCAUAGGUGAGCUUUAGUGAUACACGCCCAAAGUAUACAUAAAGAGCCUUGUCAUUUUUUUUUCAAAAUUUGUAAUUUGUUUACCCACGGAGAAGUUAGGAGUUCUUAUUAAUUAAGAGCUCGUUGAAACGUGUCCGUGCGUUCCAGAUCGAACUGGAAUUUGUUGGAAGUGUUGGUUUUUAAGGAGAGGGUAAAACCAGAGUAACCGUAGAGAAACCUCUUGGAGUAAAGGAGAGAGCUAACACUGCGCCACAGUUGCUCUUCAUCACUCUUAUGAUGCAACACUUCGAAACACAAAUUGGGUCAUGGCAAGAGCCAUUAUGGCUCUUGGUCAUGGCCAAGUAGUUUUUGCCGGUAUUUUAUUGACUUAAUGGCAAAAAGAAAUACCAUUUAUCCAACGUAUUCGCUUCAUCUCUUUUUCGUUUUUCCGACGCAAAUUUGACUCCCGUAUCGAGUUCAAUCGAGCUGUUCGCACUAACGAGAACAAAUACUAAACCUUAUUUAAGAAAGGGUUUCACAACGGAGUUAAACUUAUUUAUAUAAUUUGCUGAUCUAAUGUUUGCAAAUAAUGUUGUAUUUCUCUUCGGAUCACUUAACAGAAUGUAGUAUUCAUGCACUUGGAAUGGAAAAUAACCUUUUGCCGGAUUCAGCCAUCACAGCUUCCUCGGUAUGGCCGGACCCUGGGCACCACCCUUGGCUAGCUCGUCUAAAUAAUGUUCCAAUUAAUGGCAUGUUCUGGGGCUCCUGGUCAGCGGCAUUGAAUGAAGCUGGCCAGUGGCUACAAAUUGAUCUCGGGGAGGAGAGGCUGGUGACAAAACUCGCUACGCAGGGGAGGCCUUCCCCAGAGUGGUCUCAAUGGGUGACGUCAUACAACAUUUUGUUUAGUUCACACAACUAUAAAUGGGAGGAAUACAAGGAAAAUGAUUUUGUGAAGGUAUGCGAUGCUGUUUUACUUUUUUUAUUCAAGAGGAAUCUUUCACAUACGAGGAAAGGCCAUCGCCACCUGCUAUCGCCAAUUUCUUUUAAUCCUUCAGAAUAUUAAAAUGUUAAAACAUUUCGUUUCUGUUCUAUUGCAGUUUUUGAGUUUGUAUGAUUGUGUUAUACAUUUAUUAAUCAGAAUAUGAAUUUUAAAUAAAGAUUUCCUAUCUCUUUCCACCAAAAUCAGUUGAAAGGUUAAAAAGCUAAAGGUAUGGUUAUAGUGAAAAGUACACUUAGCUCAUCAAGCUAGCUUACAGGCCCCCUACUUAAAUAAUUAGAAACAAAUAAUCCAAACAGCGAAGGAUUAAAAACCCCAACUGGUGGGAGGCAACCAGUUGGCUACAAGCGUGGCCGAGGAAUUGAACUAGAGACAACCAAGAACAAAUCCAACAAGUGGCCAGAGCGGGACUUGAACCCCGGACUGCCAGAUUGGGAUCGAGUCCAACGCGCUGACCAGACAACACCAACCUCUCCCCCACCAUAACAGCCACUUGACUUUACCUCCAGUGAGCGCAAUAAAGAGGUUUCUGUGCGAUGCACCUUACACUUAAACAAUUAUUUAAAUUUAACUAUCAGUAAAGCACUGGUUACGAGUGAAUGUUUUCGCCGAAUGUAUUAUUUUAUUCUCUUUGCAGGUUUUCACUGGAAAUACUGACCGAAACACAAUCGUGUCACAUGCUGCAAAGUUCCGGGCCAGAUACGUGCGAUUUGUUGUGUUAACGUGGAAUGAGCAUAUAUCCAUGCGAGUUGAGCUGUAUGGCUGUGCUGACCAUAACUGA